AUGAAUGAUAUUUUAUGUGAAGACAGCAAAAUAAAAUUUAAAAAUAUUGUAUCAAUUUAUACUAUUCGCAUGUAUAUAAAUGGUUUUAUAAUUGGAUAUGUUUUUCGGAAAGAAAUUCAUAAAAAAUUUUAUAUACAUAAAAAUGAUAAUAUUAUAUUUUCUUAUGUAAAGAAAAACAUUAAUGCAAAAAAAAGUACUCAAAAAUUUAAAAAUUCAUUUUAUUUAGCAAAGUAUAAAUUAUACAAUACAAGGUUAAAUAAUAAAUUAAAUUUUAAUAAUAAUAGUAGUAAAAUAUUUUGUAAAUUUCCUUCUUUCAAUAUAUUAUUAAAAAUCAAGAAUAAUAUACAAAUAUCAAAUUUUCUUGCUUCUAGAUUAUCGUUUUGGACAUGUGUUUGUACGUUAUGCUAUUGUGAAUUAAAUAAAAAUUUAGAUAAUAGCAUUAUAUCAUCUACUCUAUCAGGCAUUUUUGCUUCAUCAAUUAGUAAAGUAAUUUUUAGAGAAAGAAAAAAAAUUCUCAUUCCUACUUGGUUAGGUUGUGUUAUAAGUUAUAUCAUCUUUAAUUAA